AUGUCUGCCGCCACCAUGGGCAGCUCGUCCAAGAAGGCGCCCUUGAGCCUCGAGCAUCACUUCUCUGAGGUAACCAAGAGGCGUGAGCCUAGCAAGAUGAAGGAGUAUUACAAGUACUUUGAGAUUCCUGGCAUUGGGAACCUAGCUGGUGGUCUGCCGCAUUCGAGCCUGUUUCCGUUCGACACCCUCGAGGCACAGGCGGCGAAGCCCGAACGAUGGGAACCGUCUCCGAUCCCCGAUGAUGGCACCACCGGCAGCACCAGUACCAGCACCAGCACCCUCCCGAUCCGGGGCACCGCCGCCGCCGCCGCCGCGGGCCAGGACAUGGAAAAAGACGUCAAGGCCUCCCGGCACGUCACCGUCCCCGGCACCGACGACGACCGCGACCCGCUCCGCCGCAUCGACGUCGCCACCGCCCUGCAGUACGGCACGGCCGAGGGGUACCCGCCCCUCCGAUCCUUCAUCCGCCAGUUCACGCGGGACCACCUGCACCCGGAUGUGCCGUACCUCGGCGGGCCCGAGGUGAUUCUCAGCUGCGGCGCGACCGACGGCUUCUCCAAGACGCUGGAGCUCAUCACGAACCCGUGGAGCCCCGCGAAAGACGCCGCGGCGGAACGGCCAGGUAUGCUGUGCGAGGUCUUUGUGUACAGCCAGGUCCUGUCGCAGGCGCUGCCGCGGGGCAUCCAGGUCGUGCCGGUCGAGAUGGACGACGGCGGCAUGAUUGCCAACGGGCCUGGCGGGUUGGAGGAGGUUUUGGCUGGGUGGGAUGAGAAGAAUGGCAAGAGGCCGCAUUUCAUUUACACCGUGACCAUGGGCCACAACCCGACCAGCGGUAUCUUGUCCGUGGAACGCCGCAAGGAGAUUUACGCCAUCGCCAGCAAGUACGAUGUCAUCAUUGUCGAGGACGACCCGUACUGGUACCUGCAGUACCCUUCCGCUGUCGUAGAGGAAGCCAAGUCGCGCGGCCUGGAGGUUUCUCCCUCUGCCGCUCGUCCGACUUACAAGCCCACCAAGUCUUCCGGCUACCAGUUCCUGGAUUCUUUGACCCCUUCGUUCCUCAGCAUCGACACGGAUGGCAGAGUCAUCCGCCUCGACACCUUUUCCAAGACCAUCGCGCCGGGAUGCCGCAUGGGUUGGAUCACGGCGCAGCCGGCCAUCAUUGAGCGCUUGCUGAGAAUCACCGAAGUCACCACCCAGCAACCCUCAGGCUUCGUGCAAUCCACUGUAGCAGAGCUCAUCAUGGGCGACCAACCCCCGGCCGCCCGCUCCGCCUUUGCCGCCCUCACCUCGCGCCAGAAGCAGACCUUUGAAGGCUGGAAGAUGGACGGCUGGGUCCGCUGGCUCGCCGGCCUCCGCGGCGUCUACGAGCGCCGCAUGAACCGCAUGUGCACCAUCCUCGACGAAGGGUCCAUCCAGCUCAAGCAGUCGACCCCGCGCAGCGCCGACGACGCCGACUGGGGCGUCGUGAGCAAGACGCAGCUCUACGAGUUUGCGUGGCCGCGCGGCGGCAUGUUCAUCUGGCUCAAGCUCCGGCUCGAGACGCACCCGCUGUGGAUGGCGACGGGCGGCGAGCGGAUCCCUUUGCUCGACGGGGAGAGGCUGUCAACGGCGCUCAUGUUUUUUGCGACCAAGAAGCCGUAUCGCGUGCUCGUGAGCCCCGGCCUCAUCUUCAGUGCCACGCCGGCGAUCCGGGCGGAGAGGGGAUGGGCUUACUUCCGGUUGUGUUUUGCUGCUGAGACGGAAGAGAAUGUGGACUUGUGCGCGCAGAGGUUGGCGGAUGCGAUUCAAAGGUUUUGGAGGAUCAAGAAGGUGGAGGAGGUGGAGGAUUUGCUUGGGGACUUCUUCCUGGCCCAGGGUAAAGAGGAGGAGCUUGAGGGGUUGGGCAACUUGGGUAGUCUGAUGGGAUGUUAA